AUGGCAUCAGGGGAAAAGUCCUCUCAAAAGAGUGCGAUUGGUAAUACUAAUUCCGCAUCGUUGAUAGCACUCGCUGCAGAAAUCGCCAAACAUGAGCAAAGCUUCCAAAGAGUGAAAGGAAGCAGCGGUAGCCUCAGUGGUAUUAGAGCACCUAAAUCUAAGCCAACAGUAUGGCAACGACAGAAUACAGGACUCUCGAAACGAGCCAUGAAGGAUGAUAUAGGUGGCAGCGGCGGUUAUAAUGAUUCUGAAGCGGAAGCUACAAGGAAAGCAGCGAUGGAACGGAAAGCAAAGGUGUAUGAGAUGUUGGAGCGUGGAGAGGAUGUUCCAGAUCAACUAAGAGAGGAAUUACUAGUGGAAUUUGAGCACAGGGAUCGUCGGCGGGAUUAUAGUGACAGUGAUAUUAGUAGUGAUGACACAAGAGAGCGAAGUGGUAGAAGAAGAAGCAGGAGUAGAGGUCGAGAAAGAGGCAGAGAAGGAGAGUUUCGAGGAAGGAGGAGGGCGAGCUGGGGUAGAGGAGGCCGAAGUAGGAGUAGAUCAAGUGAUUGGGACCGGGAUGAAUCUGCAGCUUUAGCAAGAGAUCCAAAAGAAUUUAUGGCUGAUCCAUGGGUAGAACAUGUGGAUGAGUUUGGAAGGACACGACUAAUGCGUCAGUCAGAGGUACCGAAACCGGAACUUCGCAAAGAAGAUAUGGAGAAUCCAGGAAUCCAUAAUCCUGCCAAUCCCUUCCCAGUUUUCCGAAAUCAGGAUGCAGUUGAUAAACAAGAAUGGAUUCGGGAUGCCACAGGGGAACUGAAAAGGUCCAAUAAUAAUUAUAAUAUGCCAGGAGUAGGCGGUGGAGGAUAUUCACUUGCGAAUACAGUACGCCAUUACAGCAGUGCAGCAGAGAGGAGAGCUCAUGGUGUUGGAUUCUAUCAGUUUUCUCAAGAUGAAGAAGAGCGCGCAAAACAAAUGCAGGAGUUGCGCAACAUUCGAAGUGAGACCGAGACGAAAAGGGCACUGCAUCGACCGUUGCGAGAAAAGAGGAGAGGGGAGAUCGAAGCACGUAAAAAGAUUAUCCAGCAGAAGCGUCUGAAAUCCUUAGCCAGCACAAUCACAGCAGCAUAA